CAGAACAGCAGUCCAUGGAUGCUCUAGUGCUGCAGGCAGAUCAUGGCUCACAUCUGCUCAGGCAGCUGCAGAGAAUGAGGGCCACUGAGGAGCUCACUGAUGUGGUGCUGUUGUCUGAGGGGAUUCCUUUUGCUUGCCACAAGGUGGUGCUGUCUGCAUUCAGCCCAUACUUCCAGGCCAUGUUUACAUGUGGCCUGAAAGAAACUCAGGGAGGAGAGGUAGCUCUCAGAGACACUCCUGCUCAGAGCCUGAGGCUGCUACUGGACUACAUGUACCAUGCUGAACUCCCCCUUUCCAAUGACAAUAUUCAGGGAGUGGCUGCUGCUGCCUUCCUGCUCCAUGUAGAUGGAGCCUUCAGGUUGUGUCAGAGCCACAUGGAGGCCCGUAUGGACCCCUCCAACUGUAUCGGUCUGUACCACUGGGCCAGAGACUUGGGGGCCACUGGGCUGGCUGAUUGUGCCUUUAGAUACCUCUGCCAACACUUUGCACAGGUUUGUGAAGAAGAAGAAGUGCUGGAGCUGGAUGCCCAAAGUCUUGCAGAUCUACUUGGUUCAGAUGACCUUAACAUUUCACAGGAGCAGGUUGUACUGGAGCUGGUACUUCGUUGGGUGGAGAAGCGUAGGGGGGACUCACAGAGUGAAGCUCAGGCUGUGCAGUUACUCAAGCGUGUCCGGCUGGAACUUGUGGACCCUGGAUUCCUCCGUAAAGCCAGGAGAAGAAACCCGGUAUUGCUGCGGGAUGCGGAGUGCUUUGGGAUGAUUGAUGCUGCUCUUCAGACAUCAGGUCUCUGUGAGACAUCAGCUCCGCCUCGGCCGGCCCUUCGUUAUGGCAUGGAGACCACUGACCUGCUGCUCUGCCUAGGAGGGGUGAAUGAGGAGGGAGUGCCUGCCCGCCGUGGAGGACUUGCUGACCUCAGCUUUUGCUUUGCCCCCCAUUGUAGAAGGACUUACUACAUCGCGUCUCCACUGAAGGGCUCUGGGGGCAUUGGCCAGAUCACAGUAGGGGCUGUGACACGGGAUAACAACAUAGUGGUGGCCAUAGAGGCAGAAGACCAACACAGGAUCAAGAGGGUAGAUUUAUACAGGUAUAAUUCAGAGGAGAACAGCUGGGUGGAGCUGUGCUCAGCAGCAUACAGGGACAUGUACGCUUUAGGGGUGCUAGGUGACGGCCUCUACAUGAUAGGUGGUCAGAUGAAAGUGCAUAAUCAUUACAUCAUCACAGACAGUGUGGUGAGAUGGUCGCUAAAAAGAGGAGGCAGCUGGCUCAGCUUCGCCCCUCUGCCGCUCCCUUUAGCCUGUCACUGUACCAUCACCGUGAAGGAGUAUCUCUACGUACUGGGUGGCUGGACACCACAGCACCAACCAGAUGAAGAACCAGACAAGCUGAGCAAUCGGAUAUUUAAGUUUGACCCUGGUAAGGACAGGUGGACAGAAUGUGACAGGAUGAAGUACUCCAGGUACCGCUGUGGCACGGCUGUCCUCAAUGGAGAAAUCUACAUACUAGGUGGUAUAGGGUGCGAUGGAGAAGACCGUGGACAAUCACGUCGCUGCUUGAGCUCUGUAGAGAUCUAUAACCCAGACACAGACACCUGGAGGACAGGACCGACACUGCCUACGUCCCUACUCUCCCUCCGAACCAAUGCCUCCAAUACUGGAGUAGUGGAGGGAAAGCUGUACCUCUGUGGAUACUACAAGGGAGCCGGCCGUUAUGAGAUCAUCACCAAGGAGAUUUUAGAGUUGGACCCCGCAGACAAUGUGUGGACGGUGGUGGAAAGGCGAGCAGCAAUGCAAGACAGCUAUGAUGUCUGUCUGGUGGCUAACCUCAAUCCUCGGGACCUCUUCACACCCUAAUUAAUCUCCUCCUGACUCUGAGUAACAACAAUGCCUGGAACCAGCAUGUGUGAGACGUGUCCACAGCUUUAUCCAA